AUGUGUCGAGCACACUCUCACAACGAUUACCACCAAGCUAACCCCCUAUCUAGUGCUCUCCAUCAUGGACUCAACAGCAUAGAAGUGGACGUCUUUCCAAAACAUGAUGGUUCUCUCUUGGUGGCUCACACCGUCCUCGAUCUGGAUCCGCGACGAACCAUUGAAACCAUGUACAUACAGCCAAUUUUGGGAAUCUUCAAGAAGCAACGACAACCUGAAGACUCAACUCCCUCCGCGGCUCAGCCUACAGGCAGAUCACCAGUUGAGAGUCGAAAGAGCCCAUCUCACCGAGCGUUGACCCCUCAAGGAGGAGACCCCGAGGGAAGACUACAACAAACAAGAAUGCCCUCGAACCACCGCCUUCCUCGCAGAGUGGACAGGUUGAAUCUGCUUGUAGAUUUCAAAGGAGACGCGGACAAAUCAGCUUCAUUGCUGCAAACAGCGCUCACCCCUCUUCGGCCCUAUCUUUCAAAAGUCGACAAAAAUGGUGUAUUCAAACCUGGACGAUUGACAGUAGUCAUAUCUGGAAAUCGUCCCCGUGCAGAUAGCCUGAAAGCGCCCAAUGGAGAACGUUUCCUCUUUCUGGAUGGCCGUGUCAAGGAUGUCAGAGCCAAUGCCCAGACAGACCUAGUCCCCUUGAUCAGCGUCCCCUGGCGGCAAGUCCGUUUUGCACGUGCGGUUGGACGAGGAGACCAAUUCAUGCGAAGACUAACCGAACGAGCCCACUCGCAAGGGAAGUUGGUCCGUAUCUGGGGUGCACCAAACAAAGAAACCGCGUGGGGCAAAAUGCUUAGGAGCAACAUCGACCUACUCAGUAUAGAUGAUCAUCCGAAGUUUGCUCAAUUUGUGGCUGAGGAAAACAAGGCCAAGUCAUGA